UAAUUUGUGAAUUUAAUUUUCAAACACUUUGUCAUGGAUCAAAACAAGAUAGCUUUAAAAGUAGCAGAAAUAUCAAUAAAUAAAUUUAAUGACCAAAUUCAUCACAAAGUAUUACAGUUACGAAAUUUCCGAAUUACGAACUCUAAUAAAUCGUCCUUGAAUGAUCUGGAAAAACUACGAAAAGAUGCAAUAAAUUGUCUAAGAGUUGUAAAACAACUAAAGCAGUUAUUAAUCGAAAUAGAUCAUUUAAAAUCUAGAACGAGACAUGAAGAUCAAGAAAAGUUCGAUGAACUUACAUCUAUAAGGCGAGAUGAGGCCCUCAAAGAAAUAAAGUUGUAUCAAGAUAUGAAACCAAUUGAAAAGUUAAAUGAAUUAUCUCAUCAUUCAAAUAAUGACAUCGAUUAUGACUUGUCCCCAAAAGAAAUUAAAAACCAUGAUUUUCAGAUCCAACUACAAGUUGAUGAUUGCGAAAUAAGGAAACGAGAAAUUGAAUCAAGAGAAGCUAUAUUAAGGGAAUUUGAGAAUCUACAGACAGAAUGCGUAGCCAUUUCACAACUUUAUAGAAAUGUAAACGAAUUAGUCACGGAGCAGGCUCCAAUGGUAGAGAAAAUAUCAGAAAAUGUAGAAGUAGCAGAAAUUCAAGUUGAAGAGGGAACAAGACAUCUGGAGAUAGCGUUAAAAUAUAAAAAGACCAUGUAUCCUAUUGUUGGAGGCUUACUUGGGGCUUGCGUUUUCGGACCUGUUGGGUUAAUAGCAGGUCUAAAAGCAGGAUCAGCGGCAACACUUUGUGGAGGUAUUUGUGGAUAUGCUGGUGGAAAAUUCCUAAAAAAGACCGAUUCUCCUACUACUCCAGAGGCAUCUGACUUAGAUUCAGCUAAUCCACAAGAGUCAGAACACGCAGAGCAACAAGUAACAUUUAAGAGAUAAUUUUGAUGCAUAGUCUAAUUCAAUACUCACUUAUUAAUGUAUUAAGAUAAAUAAGUUUUGACUAGCUAUUAUCAGUUAAUAUUCGAGGUAAUGUCAUGGAUUUGUAAAG